CAUUGUGAGUCAAGAAACUACAACCUAGGAGUAACAUUCCAACAAGAAAGGAAGAAAAAUGAUGAUGAUGUCAUCAUCAGUGGUAGUUUUAAUUCCAUAUGAAGAAGAUGAGAGAUGUAGAGCUGCUGCUGCAGGUAACGAUCAUAUGCAACAGCAGUGUCCGAAGAAGGAGGAAGAGAAGGAGGAGGAGAAGGCGAGUUGUGUAGGAGAAAAUGACCAAAGCCAUGAUGGAGGGGAAAAGAUUGCUACUAAUUAUAAAGAGUCUUUUAUUUCAAAGAUGAAGGAAUUUUGGAAAGAAGACAAGAAAAAGGUGGUGCACGGCAUGAAGGUUGGGGCGGCGCUGGUUCUAGUCUCACUACUCUAUGUGUUGGAUCCUCUCUUCGAACAAGUUGGUCAAAAUGCCAUGUGGGCUAUCAUGACCGUCGUAGUCGUUUUUGAGUUCUACGCAGGUGCAACAAUAAGCAAGGGGAUAAACCGAGGGAUUGGUACUAUACUUGGAGGUACACUAGGCUGUUUGGCGGCACUCUUAGCCCACAAACUUGGAGGCUUACACAGUACCUUUGUCGUUGCCAUCUCCAUAUUUUUUGUUGGGGUAGGUGCAACAUACACAAGAAUGGUGCCAAAAAUAAAAAGGAAAUUUGACUAUGGAGCAAUGAUAUUCAUCUUGACAUUCAACUUGGUGGUGGUGUCGGGAGUGCGGGCUGAUAAGGUGAUGGUGUUGGCUCGAGAGCGGCUGUCCACCAUAGGCAUGGGUUUCGCUGUUUGCAUCUUCACAAGCUUGCUCGUCUUCCCCCAAUGGGCUAGUGACCAACUCCACUCAUCUACCGCUUCCAUGUUCCAUAAGCUUGCCACUUCUCUUGAAGGGUGCUUGGCGGAGUACUUUGUUAUUUCAGAUGAGAAAGAAAGCCGACCAAGUGCAGAUGUCAGUGGUUGCAAGUCGAUUUUGCAUUCCAAAACCAGCGACGAAUCUUUGGCAAAUUUUGCGAAAUGGGAACCUUGGCAUGGGAAAUUUGGGUUCUCUUAUCCAUGGGAUAAGUAUAUGGAGAUUGGGGAAUCACUAAGAGAACUUGCUGCAAUAGUAAUCUCACUAAAAGGUUGCGUUCAAUCGGCUGCACAGCCACCGCAAGCGGAGCGGGUAAUCAUCAAAGAGGCAUGCGAAGUGGUAGGGGUAUCAAUUGUGUGCAUUUUGAGGGAGCUUGGAGAGAGCAUUGAGGGAAUGAAGCUAUGGAGAGCUAAGGGUACAACAAUAAGUCCUAACAAAUAUGAGACCUUGAAACAAGACUGCCUAAUGAUGACUGGCUGCCCUUCGGAUUUGGGCAUGGCAACUUUUGCAUUCCUGCUAAAUGAGAUGAUGGACAAGGUUGAAGCAUUGGUAACAAAGGUGGAACAACUGGGAGAUAUUGCUGGAUUUCAGAGCAAGAAGCAAUCGGAGGUCGAAAUGUGCUAGUUAAUUAUUUAUUAUUACUAUUAAAAGGUUAAUUGACUAACCAUACAAUACUAUUAUUAUAUAUAUGCAUACUGAACGGGGUAUUAUUUAUUAGUUAAUUAAAGGGUAAAUAUUAUUUAAGGUUUUCAAACACAAUGUGGAAUAGAGCAGACAUUUGUUUAUGUUUAAUUAUAAAUUACAAUAACGAUGUGUGUAUAUUGGCAUCGAGAGGGUAGAUGUAGGUAUAUACUCCUAAUUUUGUUCCUACUCCCGAUGUGGCAUGUAAUGAUUGGUUAUGGAGGAAUAAGAAUAUAUACUAAGUGGGGUGAAUAUUUAAAGUUCAAAU